CUGUCUUCCUGUUUGGGUGCCGCAGCUGGAAAAAUGGCAGCUGAUACAGGGAGAUACAGGAGUGCUGUUAGCAAAAACAAAGACCCUUCUGGUCUUCUCAUCUCCGUCAUAAGGACUCUGUCCAGCAGUGAUGAUGUGCAGGACAGGGAGACAGAGAAGGGUCGUCUGGAAGAGGCCUUUGAGACAUGUGACAGGGAUUUAGAUGAGCUGAUUGUUCAGCAUUAUGCUGAACUCACCACUGCCAUCAGGACUUACCAGAGCAUCACAGAGCGCAUCACCAGCUCCCGCAACAAGAUCAAACAGGUGAAGGAGAACCUUCUGUCUUGUAAGAUGCUUCUACACUGCAAAAGGGAUGAGCUGAGGAAGCUGUGGAUAGAAGGCAUUGAACACAAACAUGUCCUCCAGCUGCUUGAUGAAAUUGAAAGCAUCAAGCAGGUGCCUCAACGGCUAGAGGCCUAUAUGGCAAGCAAGCACUACCUUCAUGCCACGGAUAUGCUGGUGUCAGCUGUGGAGUCCUUGGAAGGCCCCUUGCUGCAGGUGGAGGGACUUGGAGAUCUGCGGUUGGAGCUCCACAGCAAGAAGCUCAACAUCCACCUUGUACUCAUUGAUGAGCUGCACCGUCACCUCUACAUCAAGUCCACAAGUCGCCUGGGACAUAAGAACAAGGACAAAAAUGCUGCUCGCCUUCCAGGCUCCACUGCCAAAGACACAUCUCCAAUGCCUGUGUUGGAUGUCAGCAGCCUGUCCACCCCACGCAAACUUUUGGAUUCAUCACAGUUCAGCACACCUGGAUCCAGCAGUGUGCGUGAGCUGCAGCAGGAUGCGCGGGAGCUGAACCAAACUGACCUCCCUGAAGUUGAUCCAGAGGAGAACAGUGCUGAGUUCAUGGGCAUCCUCAUCAAGGCUCUGGCCAAGUUGAAGAAAAUCCCAGAGACCAUUAAAGCCAUAAUGGAGCGGCUGGAACCUGAGCUGAAACAGAUCGUUAAGAGGUCCACCACUCAGAUUGCAGACCACGCUUACCAGAGAGGAGAAAACCUGGCCCAGGAGAGCCAGCCAGGGCUGCUACUGGAACUGUUGGAGCUUUUGUUUGAUAAAUUCAAGGCAGUGGCUCAGGCUCACAGUGUGGUGCUGGCCCACCUGCAGCAGAUUGCGGUGCAGUGCCCGGGCGGGGCCCACGAAGAGGGCAUCAAGCUCUACGAACAGGCGGACGUCUCUGCCAAAAUCCAGACUGUCUUGCAGGUUCUGCUGAUGGAGUAUCUUGAUGUGAAGAACAGCCGGAGUGCCACCGAGCCAUCGGCUCAACUCUCCUAUGCCAGCACCGGCAGUGAGUUUGCUGCCUUUUUUGCGAAGAAAAAACCACAGCGUGCCAAGCAGUCGCUCUUUAAGUUUGAAUCAUCUUCCCAUGCCAUCAGCAUGAGUGCUUACCUGAGAGAGCAGAGGCGAGAACUCUACAGCAAGAGUGGAGAAUUACAAGGUGGCGCUGAUGACAACUUGAUUGAAGGAGGAGAAAUGAAGUUUGUGUGUAAACAAGGAGCGAGGAACAUCACUGUGAUCUUCCAGCCUCUUCUCAGGUUCAUUCAGGAAAUAGAGAUGAACAUGGGGCCAGGCCAGGCCAAGCAGUGCCAGCUCCGAGCUUUCCUCACUUACUACAUCAACGAUCUGUUUCUCAACCAGGUGCGAACAGAGAUCAACAAGGAAAUUGAGGCAGUGAGCAAGGCAUCCGACCCCUUGAAGAUCCUUGCCAGCGCUGAUACCAUGAAGGUUCUGGGUGUCCAGAGACCUCUGCUGCAGAGCACUGUGGUGGUGGAGAAGUCCAUCCAGGAUCUAAUGAGCCUGAUGCAGGACCUCAGUGCCUAUUCCAACCAGUUCCUUGAAAUGGUCUGCGACAAGCUCAAAGAGUACAAGGAAAUCUGCAACACAGCCUACAGGGGUAUAGUUCAGUGUGAGGAGAAGCUGACCAUCAGUGCUUCCUGGUCUAAAGAUGAGGACAUCAGUCGUUUGCUCCAGUCUCUCCCUAACUGGGCAAAUAUGGCCCAACCCAGACAGACUCGACAGAAGAGAGAGGAUGAAGAGGACUUCACCCGAGCGGCUUUUGCUAAGGAGUCCGAGGUGCUGACUGGGAACCUUGGAGACAAGUUAAUCCCCCAGAAUGAGAUCCUUCGUGACGUCAGUGACCUGAAAGCUCUGGCCAACCUUCAUGAAAGCAUGGAGUGGCUUGCUGGUCGCCUCAAGAUGUUCUUCGCCAACCUGCCUCAUUCCUCCAAUGUGUCUCCAUGCUCAGCAGACAGUCAGGUGAUUGGUGAGAGUGAACGCAGCAGGGAGCAGAUUCUCCAGACCCUGAGUGACCUGUCCAGGAGCUUUCAGGACAUUGCUGACCGCUGUCUCCUGGUAUUACACCUGGAGGUCAGGGUGCAUUGUUUCCAUUACCUGAUCCCCCUCACCAAGCAAGGAAAUUACGCGAUUGUGGCUAAUGUGGAGAGCAUGGACUACGACCCACUGGUGGUCAAACUGAACAAGGAUAUCUCAGCAAUAGAAGAGGCCAUGGGGGCUGCUCUGCAGCAGCACAAAUUCCAGUAUAUUUUUGAAGGUCUAGGUCAUCUGAUCUCCUGCAUUCUAAUCAAUGGGGCCCAGUACUUUAAGAGGAUUAGUGAGUCUGGUAUCAAGAAGAUGUGCAGGAACAUCUUUGUUCUCCAGCAGAACCUCACCAACAUCACCAUGUCCAGGGAGGCCGACCUCGACUUCGCCAGGCAGUACUAUGAGAUGCUGUACAACACUGCAGAUGAGCUGCUGAACCUGGUGGUGGACCAGGGUGUUCGCUACACGGAGCUGGAGUACAUCAACGCCCUGUCCUUACUGCAUCGCAGCCAGACAGGCGUAGGGGACCUGAGCACUCAAAACACUCGGCUGCAGCGGCUGAAGGAGAUCAUCUGUGAACAGGCCGCCAUCAAACAGGCCACCAAGGACAAGAAGAUCACCACAGUGUAACAGGUCAGGACAGGGUUCAGAGGGAGGGGUUCAGUUGCCCGGAAUUCAGAGAAAGAUGGCCAAUGAGAGACAAUAACAGUGCAUUAACCCUUCAAAUAACCUGUGUUCAAUGUUUUCUUCUUCAAAUCCUUCAAAUCUGUCUAGCACAGACAUCUGGACUUUAAUUUGGUCAUGUAUACAGGAGUAAGGAAUGAUGGGGAAAAACUCACAGGACAGAGGAUAUUUGAGAAUUUGGUUAGAAAACACUGAAAUACAUGUUUUCUUUAGACAUACACCUUUACAUCAUAAUUUGUGUGAAAUCUGUUGUGUCAUCUUGCCUGAUGAAUCAUACAGUGGGUCUAUGUAGCAGUGACUCACUCUAAUUGGGAAGUGAGGUGACAACUAACACAAACACAAACUAGCUCCCUCUGUGUCUGUGCCAUAAGGUAACCUAUAUAGUCAAUUUCCACUUUUUAAAAGACCCAAAUGUAGUACGCGCGACUUUAACAGUCCCCCACUAACCAUGACUCCAGCUCCGGAUAAAAGGCGAUUGUCUUGGACACUCACCCGAACUUAGGCCCAAUCUCAUCUCAUUUUCCUAUUAGAUCUAAACUGCUGCUCUCAAUUACACCUCUAUCUCUCCUCUCCUGGCAGCCCCAUGGGCCCACUGAUUCUGUCUGCAAUAACAGAUGCCAGAUUAGACUGUCUGAAUGAGGCCACAUCUUCCGCCUGCUGCCAAUUUGGGUUGGUCCCCGAAGAAUUCCCUCGCUGAGAAUUGUAUCAUAUCUAUGGCUGUUAAAAAUCUGUUUAUCUGUCUUUUUUCUCAUGGUUUGUAAACUUUUGCGGCUAGUAUGGAAAGUUGUUAGUCAUUUAACAUUUCUUACAAAUUGGACAGAAGAGACAAACCUAGUAAUGAAGAUAUUUUGGCUGACUGCAUAUUCAUCCGUUCAUAAAAUGGGGACAAGGUUUAUUUCAAAUGCAAUAUUUCUAGUCCAGCAAACCACAAUGGAAUGACUUGCACUUUUUAAAUUAAGGCAUGUGUGUGGGAAUACAUUUCAUCAGUCUUCCUAGCUCUAUAAAUUUAAACAAUGCAAUUUUGAAUCUUUAUUUUGUCAUCCCCACUACAUAUGCUUCAGUCAUUUAAAAUGAACUAAACACAUGAACUCCAGAGACCAUCACAAAUCAUUCCCCUCCCUGCAACCCUCCCUGUUUUUAGUUCAUUAAUUUGGGAGAGAAGUACUUAACGAGAGGAGGAGAGGGGAAUGGGAGCCUUGUCAAUACAGUGGGCCCUGAAGCCCACAGAGCAAUCCAUCAUAAUGACACAUAGGCUGGGAUUGAUGGGAAAACAACAGUGGAGCUGCUAAGGGGUUUGUCUACCACUAGACCACUGUGAAAUCUAAAAUCUGCUCAUUUAGCCAUUCACUGCAGAGCUACUUUUGAAAUGUUAUACAUGGGGAACUUUAAUACAAUGUUAACUGAGUGUAUCAUGUCACACACAGAUACUACUAUACAAUUAUCACACACAUACCACAAAAGUCCAGAAGGCUUAUGUACUGGCCAUACUCCAUAUAUGUAGAGUGAGUGAGAACCACUCCUGCUAUUCAUGCUUUUUAUUCAUGAGUUAAAUAAGUAAAAUGUAAUAAAGGUUCAAUUUCAUGUUUCUUUUUCUUUCCUAUGGACCUUUAUUUUGCACAUCUGUUCUAUGAGACUAAUGUUAUGUUUCAGGUAAGACUGUAUGAAAUUCUAUACAUCAAACUGUGUUAGUCUUGAACAAGUUUAAACAUCUUUCUUGUUCCCCUGGUUGUUAAAUGUCAUCUCAUAAAUGCUCUGAAAUGUUUGUCUACUCUAAAUUAAGCACACAUGAUCUGCCAGUGCAUACACUAAUAUACUGAAAAAAUAAACUAUCCAAUCCCAA